AUGGCUCCAAGGAAAGCUGCAAAGAGGCCCUGCCUUCUCUGCCCACUCUGCCGUAAAACCCAAGAGAGCCUUCCUGCCCACCUGCACUCCUCCUGUAUGAGGGCGAGCACUGAGGCAGACAUUGCGGCCGUGGUUGUUCAGGCAGAGUCGGACGUUUGGGACCUCAUGAAGAAUGGCAGAGCUUUUCCUUAUGGAGUCAUCACUCAAAUCAUGGCGGAUGAAAACCCACUCCAGAGAUUGAUUGUGGAGCUGGAGCGCCGUCAUAUGCUUGUGCUUGAUGUCCCCCCCGCUCUGCGCCAUGACAUUGCUGAGGCCGGACCAUCCACCAGACAGCCACCUGAGACUGCGGCUGGACACCAGGGAGAGUCGUCUGGAGAGGAGGGAGAGUCGUCUGGAGAGGAGGGAGAGUCGUCUGGAGACCAGGGAGAGUCGUCUGGAGAGGAGGGAGAGUCGUCUGGAGAGGAGGGAGAGGUGUUUCAACGUGAAGUGAAGUAUGCCAACCCGACAAAGCAGAACAUGCUUGAGAAGGGCCUUUAUAAAAAGCAUGAUUUGAACCAUCCACUGCUGAGAAACUAUGGCAAGCACUUACGGAAAGAUCUCCUCAAUAAACACUUCAAACAGGAGGUUACAAAUGUAUCCCGGUACCUCUACUAUAUCAACCCUGAGGAACCAUCCUUGCAGUUUGUCAAGGACAGAGAGAAGCUCAGACAGUACAUACGUGUCCUCUCUGGGGUAAAACUGAAAAAUAAAACGCAAAGGAACUACCUGACGAGCUUGAAGAAAUUCCUGAUUUUCCAGACUACACUGACCAACCUGUGGCAAGAUGAUGAGGCCCUCCAUGCCCAGUGCAAGGACUUUAUUCAGUUCAUUGCUUCUCUGCAGAAGGCCACCUCUAAGCUGGUGGACAAAGAGAUCACCCAAAAGAGGCAUGACUUGCUGACUAGCAGCCAACGGCAGCUACGACCACAUGAAUGCUGGGCUGUUCUGGGGGCGGCCCAAAAGGACUUCCUGGCAGUUCUGGACGCGUUGUCUGACCGCUGCCCAGGCACCCUGGAGCCAGGCCAGUGCGUCUUGGUAGUGCAGUACCUUCAGGCGGUCAUCAUGCUCAAACACCUCCAACUACCAAGAGUGGUGGAGCGCAUGACUGUCACAGAGUGGCUUUCCAAGAGAGGGUGCGAUGGGCAUUAUGUCAUUGGGGUGCAGGAUCAUGUGUUUGCCCUGUCGGAGGAGGAGGAGCGGUGGUUUGAUCUGUACUACAGAUGGGUACGUCCACAGCUCCUGAGAUUCAACAAGAAACGCACCAAGAAAGAAAAGGUUGAUGCAGAACACAGGUUCCUUGUCUCCUCGGCAGGGAAGGCAAUUGGCAACCCAUCAAAUGACCUGUUUCAGCUACACUUAAAAUACAAACUCCCGACAGUGAACUGUCAGACAGCACGGAGAGUAUUUGAGACGGCAGCCAAGAGCCUGACGGACACUCAGAGGUCAUUGUUGACCAACUACCUGACCAGUUCCAAGGAAACAGCCAAGAAGCGCUACAGAGAGACCAGGUGUGACAUCAUUGUGAAGACCUCUCAGCUGUUGAGAAGCAUGAGUGAAGUGUCAAGUACUGAGCCUUCUGGGGAAGGCGUCAGGCAUGAGUCUUCUGAGGGAGUGUCCCAUCACGCUGGCAUCAAACAGCCAGUAAUCAUUCUGCAGAGGCUCCCCUCGGACCAUGACACGGUCAAACUCCUCCUGAGCCAGUGAAUUGCCCUUCAUCUGCCCAUCCGCCCUGCCAUUGGACAUUCUGUUGCCUCCAUCCUCACCUCCUAAGCCAGUGAACUGCACAUCUUCUCUCUGCCUCUCUGGAAAGUGGCCUGCCCUUCAUCUGCCAUUAGACAUUCUGUUGCCUCUAUCUUCACCUCCUAAGCAUGUGAACUGCACAUCUUCUCUCUGGAAAGAAGCCUGCCCUUCAUCAGCCUUCAGACAUUCUGUUGCAUGUCCCGGUCCAGGUGAAAUGUAACUGAAUUGUCUUGGCCAGCCCUGCAGGCUCCAUCUUCACAUCUAAAGACAAUCACCUGGAAACCUUCUCCCUGCCUCUCUGGAAAGAAGCCUGCCCUGCAUCAGCCUUCAGACAUUCUGUUGCAUGUCCCGGUCCAGGUGAAAUGUAACUGAAUUGUCUUGGCCAGCCCUGCAGGCU